AACAGGAAUUUUUUUAUUCAGUGGACUAUUAAUCUUGAGGAAAUGGCUGAAGGAUUUAAUAUAGAUCAGGCUUCAAAUGAUCUCAAGCAACUCCUAAAACUGCAUGAUAAGUCAUCACCUCAGGAAAGAAUAAUAACACCAUCAAAAAAAAAGAGAAAACCCAAGAAGAAUGCAACAGGAAAUUCACCUAACCUUAAUGACAACAGCACUCAUACCAACAGCAACGGCAACGCGCUGUUAGCACCCAGUUUGAGCCAGGCUGCGAACAACCCCACUCAGGAAGUUCCAGCUGCCCCGAUUAGACUUGCUCCAAAUGCUAAUGUCCUACCAAAGAAGAAAAAGAAACCUGCAUCAUUGACAGGAGAUGUUGUUUUACCACCAAACAACCACACACCAGAAAUGAUUGUUCAGAAAUCUGAGUGUGACACUACUUCCUUGGAUUCUGCUAAAGAAACAAUCUCAGAAGCAGACAAAGUUAAUAGAUCACCAGUUAAUAAUAGCCUUGGCAGUGAUAAGACAAAACUAGAUACUAAAGAAUCAGCAGAGUCACCCGUAAAAAAGUCUGUUGAUGUGUCUAAUCAGAAGAAAAAUGAAACUUUCAGGAAUGGUAAACGCGAGACCAGUGCUGGUAGUCAAAGAGACUGGCGACAAGAAGAAAAGAAUCGCAGUAGGCAGUCUGAUCGAGCGAACACAAAUAACAAUAAACCAAGACCAGCGAAACUUGGAGAGGAAGAAAUGAGUCCAGAGUUCCUAAAAAACCUUGAAGAAAAUAAAAUGCAUGUCUUAAAAAAGAAAAACCAACGAUUUCCAAAAGCCCAUUUCUUUUGUCGAUUGUGUGACUACCAUCUGGAUUUAGUUGAAGACUGUGAGAAGCAUAUGAAAGAUAACAGACACUGUAGGCGGAGAGAGAUUAGUGGAAUGGAUGCUAUCCUGAAAUGUAUGCCGGCCCCAUCUGAAGAUCAGAUUAAAGCCAUAAGCUCAGCUCUAGAGGAGGUGUAUGAGAAAUAUGGCAUAGAUGAGUGGGAGCAGAAGUCUAGGCAGGAAAUUGUCAAACGUCUUGAAAAAACCAUUCAGGAGAGAAUUCCAGGGGUUCGCAUGUACAUGUAUGGCUCCUCCUUGACUGGCUUUGGUUUGAAGAGUGCUGACAUCAAUAUUGAUUUGAAUACAGCUGACAAGAACAUGAAACUUACUUACCUGCUGAAAGAAAUGUACCUGUGCCUUAAGGACAGAACAGAUACUGGCUUUGUUAAUGUCAGGUCAGAUUUCACUGCCAAAGUGCCAGCACUGUUGCUGACAGAUGAGGCGACAGGGUUAAAGGUCAAUGUUGCCAUCCAUUGCUACAGCGCUCACUGUUCUGGAGAGCUCUUGUCUAUUUAUGCAGACUUUGAUAUCAGAAUAAAGAAACUGGUGGUAGCCUUUCGCUACUGGGCGCAUCUGUGUGGGCUAGAUAGACAGCAGGACGGGUUCAUCCCACCCCAAGCUCUCAACCUGAUGGUCAUCUACUUUCUUCAGACGACCAGUCCGCAACUUGCACCUGUCAUUACCCCUCCAAAGAUAAGCGGAGAAGAUGUUGGGGAUUUUCAAAAGGAUCAGCCAGCAUUUGAGAAGAUGAGGAAUAAGGUGAUGAAGUUCCGUCAUGAGCAGAAGAAUAGGAUGAGCCUAGGUAAACUGUGGCUUAAGCUGUUGCAGUUCUACAGCCUGGACUUUGAUGUGGCUAACACUGUGGUCUGCAUCAGGUCUGAUGCUGAAGUCAGCCGCAACGUCAAGCCCUGGAACAGCAGAAAGUUAGCAGUAGAAGAUCCGUACAUGCUGAAAAAAAACAUAACCAGGAUGGUGAACAACUCCCGUAUAUACGAGUAUUGGCAAGAUUCUAUCCGCAAAGCCUUUCACUAUUUUGGCCUGCCACGGGACGCGGAGGGUAGAUCCCAGAUAUCUGAAGAGGCGUUAAAAGAACUUGUUCGUUCCAAAGAGAGUCUGACCAACAACAGUGAAACGACCAAAGAAGUAUCGGCUAAAACUGAUAUUCCUGUCAAUAAAGAAGAUCCAGAAAAACUACAGACUUCCAGCGACUCUGCUGAGCCAGUCAAAAUACCACCCAACCCAUUAAUUGUUAGCCAACUUCGCAAAGCAAGCACAUCUGUUGCAAAGGAUGAAGAACCAUCUUCAACAAAGGAUGAAGAGCCAUCUUCUAGAAAGGAUGAAGAGCCAUCUUCUACAAAGUAUGAAGAGCCAUCUUCUAGAAAGGAUGAAGAGCCAUCUUCUACAACUGAUAAAGCUGCUUUGGCUAACAAGGAUGAAAAGUGUGUAACCGUUCCAGAUAGUGGUGACCAAAACACCAUAGCAGUAGGACAAUCAGAGGACAUUGGUCUUCUCAGUCCUCAAGUUGUAGGUGAUUCACGGGACAUUGAUCUCCUCAGUCCUCCAUCAACAGGACAAGCAGACAGGGAAAUUGAUGACUCUGUUAGUUCUAGUCAUGUGACCUCUAGUAAAGAUGCCAAGGGAAGUAACUCUCCUGGUGAACCAAAGAUGUGUUGUUAUUCUUUUGAAAAAAAUUAUUUCCUUACAGAUGGAAAGGGCCCCACAUUAGUGUGUACCUACUGUGAGCAAGAGGGCCACCUAAAGAACUCUUGCCCUGAGGAUGAGCUACCAGAAGUCCUACCCCUGCCUCCCCCAACCAAGCUGCAUCUGGAUGUUCUGUCUGAGACUCUAAAUAAAGUGCCCUCUGAGGUAGGCUUAAACUCUGAAAGCUAUGAGGAUCGAGUGUACUUCUUGCAAAAAUUGGAGGAGUUUAUCCGAUAUCAAUUUGAUGAUGCAAAGCUGGAUCUCUUUGGCUCAUCCUGCAAUGGCUUUGGCUUUGAUAAAAGUGACAUAGAUAUCUGUAUGACAUUCACUAAAAGAAAUCCUAAAUUUGACAAAGUUUUUGUGAUUGAAACAUUGGCCAGAAUAUUGAAACAAAACCGUGAACUAAACAAUGUACAGGCCAUCACCACAGCAAAGGUUCCCAUUGUCAAAUUUACAAUCCGGAAAUGUAAUCUGGAAGGGGACAUAAGUCUCUACAACACACUGGCCCAACAAAACACUAAACUGUUGUACAGCUACAGCAUCAUUGAUCCCCGUGUUAGGGUGCUGGGCUACACCAUCAAAACAUUUGCCAAGGUGUGUGAUAUUGGAGAUGCUUCCCGUGGCAGUCUGUCAUCUUAUGCUUACAUACUGAUGAUGUUGUACUAUCUGCAGCAAGUCAAACCACCUGUUAUACCUGUCUUACAAGAGCUUUAUGAAGGAAAGGAGAGGCCUAAGCUUGAGAUAGAAGGCUACGAAGCUUGGUUUCUUGAAGACUUGACUUUGCUGGACAAAUUGUGGCCAGAGAAAGGCAAAAAUCACAUGUCUGUGGCUGAACUUUGGCUGGGUUUCCUGCGCUUUUAUGUGGAGGAGUUCAAUUAUAAAGAGCUAGUUGUGAGCAUCAGACAAAAGGCCCCUCUGACUCGCUUUGAGAAGUUGUGGAAUGGUACAUGUAUAGCUAUUGAAGACCCAUUUGAUCUUAGUCAUAAUUUAGGAUCUGGAUUGACUAGAAAAAUGAAUAAUUUCAUAUUUAAAACCAUGAUAAAUGGGAGAAUGCUGUAUGGAAGUCCCAUUGAUGAAAAUAUGGAAAUUUUCACCAAAUAUCAGAGACCAUCUGAUUAUUUUUUUGACACUGACCUCCUGUCAGAGUGCCGGCCCCCUAAUGUCAGGGGCUGCAGGCGUUGCGGAAAGAUUGGUCAUCUGGUCAGGCACUGUCCUGCAGGUCGGAAGGAUGAUGAGCAGCAGAAGUCAAAGCCCCAGGGGCCCCAGAGGCAGUCCUCUUCAGCCAAUCAGGGACCCCAGAGGCAGUCCUCUUCAGCCAAUCAGGGACCCCAGAGGCAGUCCUCUUCAGCCAAUCAGGGACCCCAGAGGCAGUCCUCUUCAGCCAAUCAGGGACCCCAGAGGCAGUCCUCUUCAGCCAAUCAGGGACCCCAGAGGCAGUCCUCUUCAGCCAACCAGGGACCCCAGGGGGCGGCCACACCCCAGAAGCAGCAAACACCACAGCCACUUAUACCACAGAAGCAACCCACACCACAGGGGCAGAGAAAUAGGAAAGACUCGAGAGAUAGGGAAAGGAGAGACAGAGAAUCCAACCAUGGUGACAUGAACACAAGCAGGAACUCUUCAGCCCAGUCAGCAGUUCCUUUCUCUUUUAACCUGGCCAAUAACCCUAACCUGCAGCAGGUGACCCCAGCCCCUCUCAAGUUCAUGCAGCAGCCCCAAGUCUUUCACAACACCAGCUACCAGCAGUACCCACACUACCAGCAGCAGCCUCGGCAACAGGUCUACAACUCUCAGCCACUUAUCAACACCACCGUCAGCCCAGGGUCAGCUAACCCUAGGUUCAUGUACAACCCCCAGAACUACACACCAGUCAACUUUCAUGGCCUCCACCAACAGGGUAACUUCUCUGGGCCGCACCAGCAGGCCAACUUUUCUGGGCCGCAGCCCAAUUAUUCAGGGCCGCACCCACAUCCUAGCUAUUCAGGGCCGCCCCAGCCGGCCAACUUUUCUGGGCCGCACCAGCAAGGCAAUUAUCCUGGGCCGCAAGGCAACUAUUCUGCCCCCAACUUCCGCCAGCAGCCACCACAAGCUAGUCACCAGAUGAGUGGACGUCAAACAACCAUGAACCCUGUUGUCCAGAAUCUGUUUGCCAGCGCACAAGGACAACAGAUGUAUGAGAAUAGCUCGACUAAUCCCAAUCGUAGGAAGCAGUGAAGUUGCUUACAAUGAAUUUAUCGUUGCGGUACAGCAAGGAUGGAUCAUACAUCACACUGAAUUUUAACUCUGGGUCUUAACCGAUGGAAAUAAUUUUAACAAGUGAAAGUCUUUUUGACUGUAGCUUGAAAUUAAUUAACUAGAUUGUUCAUUUGAUGGUGUCAGUAUUGCUGAUACUGAUCGGAUGGUGUCAACUAUGCUGAUGUUCAUCAAAUGGUGUCAGUAUUGCUGAAUACAGGUGGCGGGGAAAUUUUAAUUUUCCUGAUUUUUUUUUACUUAACAGAAUCAAUGAAAUGGUACAUAACAGAUCACAUGAAUUGUAAUUUUAAAAAGUUAUUUUAACUACGCUCAUAUCUUUGUCUGUGGCCCGUAUGGUGCACUUGAUGUCACGUAUGGUACACUUCAUGUCACAUAUGGUGCAUAUGUCAUAUCUAUGCCAAGUUUUUUUUUUUAAAUUUAAGUAAUUUGAAAAAAUAAAUUGUUUUACUCAUUGAAUUUUAUUUUUAAAGCUAUAUUUGUAAAUAUUUUACUUUUACUUACAAAAAAGUCCUAGCAAGAAUCAGUACUGAUUCAUUUGACUAAAUGUGAAUAAGUUAACAUCAGCUUUGUUAUUUUAUUUAGACCAUGUUAGAUAUUGUAACUUUCCUCUUAUUCCAAGUCACAUGACCACUUGGUACGCCAUACUUUUAUAGGUUAACAUCCGCUUUUUGAAUUUUGGUUAGAAUAUGUCAGAUUUUGUAACUUCACAAGACUUUUUUUAUAGAUUAGCAUUAGCUUUGUCUUACUUUUAGUUAGAAUAUGGCAAGUGUUGUUACUUAACUUUUAUUUUAUGUUACAUGACAUUAUGGUACACCAUAGUUUUACAAGAAAACUGAAACAAACAUUUUAUGUUCUACUCAGGGUUAUUUGUUAAGUAAAAGGAAUCUUUAUACAGAGCAUUUUAUUAAAUUCCCUCCCCUUUUAUUUUAUUUCUCGCUGGUUUUAAUUAAUUUUUUAAUUAAAGCCGCAUACAUUUUUUUGUAAUAAUGCAAAUUGAAUUACAAGAACAGUUUAAGCAGUUUAAAACACUAAGAUCUUGAUAUUUGAGGUUUUUAAGUUAUUAUGGUGUACUGACUUAAUUAAUAUGAUGUGAAACCUUCCUAACGAUGUGAUCAUUUUUUUAAUGCUUGUGUGCCUUUUAUAUUCACUACUACUAGGGGAAUUUGCAAGAGUUUGAGAGAAAUUUUGAGCAUUCUUGCAAGUUUUCUUUUAACUUUUUGUUUCUUAGUCCACUUGAGGAUUUUUAGAAAGCUUAAAAAGGCAGCUGACUGGUUUCUUUUUUUUCUUAAAUUGGUAAUAGUUGGCCAUCUGGCCAUAAUUGGUCAAAGUUGGCCAUCUGGUCAUAGUUGGCCAUCUAGCUAUAGUUGGCCAUCUGGUCAUAGUUGGUCAUCUGGCUAUAGUUGGCCAUCUGGCCAUAAUUGGUCAACUGGUCAAAGUUGGCCAUCUGGUCAUAGUUGGUCAUCUGGCUAUAGUUGGCCAUCUGGUCAAAGUUGGCCAUUUGGUCAUAGUUGGCCAUUUGGCCAUUAUUGUCUAUCUAUAGGUGGCCAACCCUUCACAUUAAACCUGUACUAUAUUGUUAUGCAGUAUAAAAACUGUUGUAAAAUGUGAGUGUAGGAGAAGAUUGAAGUAUAUGUGCUGAUGUUUAAUGUUGAUGUUUGGUGAAACUGUGCACAGGUUAUGUCCCUAUAGACCUGUGGUCACAAUGAUGUUUUCUUAUUACGUGGCCAUUGAUCUGUGACCUCUAUGUGUAUGUGUUAUGUACCCCAAGACCUAUGGCCACUAUGUGUAUACAUUACGUAGUCAUAGGUCUGUGGAAAUAAUUACGUGUUCAUGUUAUGUGGUCAAAGAUCUUUGGCCGCUGUGUAUGUAUGUGUUAUGUGGCCGUAGAUCUGUGGUCAUAGACCUGUAGUCAAUAUGUGUAUGCAUUGUAUGGCCACUAUGUAUGUAUUACGUUGGAUACAAAGAUGUGCAGCUGUUGCAAGAGAACAUGUUACCUGUUUCAGAAACUUCAAAUAAAUCAGAUGAUAAUUCA